GUUUUGCUUGAAUCAGUUCACGCACACACACACGCACACAGGUGCUGCUGUCUGACUCAUCCAACCAGAAUGCACUUUCCUUUCCGCAAACGCUCCUCCGUGCCAAGGUCUCGAGGGAACUCUAAUGUCUCCUGCUGUCCAGUGGUUGCGGGUUCUGCUGUACUUUACUGCAAAACAUGCGAUCAGCCACUCAGCAGCCGCUGCGUCAUUAAUGGCACACACCGUGAUCACCACCUGAAGGAUCUAAAGGAUGCCGUGCAUGAUCAAGUGGAAAAAGUAGAAAAGCUUUCCAAGGACCUGACAGAGAAGGAAAAGAAGUUUGGCAACCUCAUACCAAAGAUUGACGCAGCAGAGCGCAAGCUCGAGGAGAUGUGCAAACAAACAGAGGAGCUUCUUCAGAAGGAGUACAGUGCCCUGAUGGCUUUGAUCGAGCAUAAUCAGCAGCAGGCUUUUUUCAUCCUGAAUGCACAGAAGGAAACCAUAAAGCGGCAAUUACAUCAGCUGCUGGAGGACACGCAUAACUACAAGGCCAAGUCCACAGCCAUAAUCGAGGACAUAAAACGGCUCAGCAGCAAAGAAGAGAGCGAGAACCCAGCCAGCCUGCUGGGGGAGAUCAGUGCACUUGAGACCAGCCUAUAUACGAUGAAAGAGUUUUACUCCUCUGUGGACAAGAAGUUGGAAGUUGAUGACACAAAACUGAAAGCUCUGGAAAACUCCAUCAAGAAAAUUGUGGAAAGAAACAAAGAGCUUCUGCCAAGGCCAUGGGAAUUCUCAGAGACCAUCACUUUGGAUGAGAGUAAAAAGCCAGAGAAUGUCCAGAUCUCAGAGGACAAGACAGAGAUGUCGGUGAACCCUUCAGGCAAUAUCGGCCUUAGUAGUCAAUCCCCAUGGAACAGCAUGCAGGCAUCUCAGACAUUCGAUAAAGGCCUGCAUUACUGGGAGGUGGCUGUAGGAGACUGUGAGAGCUGGGCAGUGGGAGUGGUGGAACAAAGCCAGGCUAAACGCAUCCAAACUCAAGCUAAGGGCGAGAAAACGAAUUCAUGGAUUCUGGAGUGUGAUGGUGGUGAGCUCUCAGUGCUGCACAACAACGACUUCAGCAGGAUCAAGGAGAGCAACAUUCAAACCCUCGGUGUAUUUUUGGACUGCGAUAAAGGGCGACUGAAGUUCUACAAUGUCAAGACAGGCUUCAUUCUGCACUCAUUUUUGGCUCAGUUCAAGGGCUCUGUGUGUCCUGUUUUCAAAAUCCGUGCAGAGACAGACAAAAUGGCACACCUGAAGAUCUGCAACCUGAUUCACAUCGAUGAGCAUUAUGACAACAGCGACAUCUCCAUGGAGAUGUCAUCUGAGGAGAACAUGGAGUCAGCUUCUGACAUCUCAAAUUAGGACAUGAUUUCAAAAAUGUGUGUAAAUAAUCUCAUCUCAUCUCAUUAUCUCUAGCCGCUUUAUCCUGUUCUACAGGGUCGCAGGCAAGCUGGAGCCUAUCCCAGCUGACUCCGGGCGAAAGGCGGGGUACACCCUGGACAAGUCGCCAGGUCAUCACAGGGCUGACACAUAGACACAGACAACUAUUCACACUCACAUUCACACCUACGGUCAAUUUAGAGUCACCAGUUAACCUAACCUGCAUGUCUUUGGACUGCGGGGGAAACCGGAGCACCCGGAGGAAACCCACGCGGACACGGGGAGAACAUGCAAACUCCACACAGAAAGGCCCUCGCCGGCCCCGGGGCUCGAACCCAGGACCUUCUUGCUGUGAGGCGACAGCGCUAACCACUACACCACCGUGCCGCCCGUGUGUAAAUAAUAAAUUACAAUAAAUAAUUAUAAAUUAUAAAUAUUUCAAGGACUAUCUAUUAAAAGUGCAUUACUUUUACUGCAGUGUUUAAUGAUGAUUAAUGAAGAUGUGUUACAUACCCACAGCUGGGCUGUAACUUUGCAAUCAAUAAUUUGUCAUGUGAAAUGCAUAUGUAAAUCCUGUUCUACAGUCAUAAAUAAUACAAUGAUAAUGAGAAUACAAUGACAAACUAUAAAUACAGUUAGGUCCAUAAAUAUUUGGACAGAGGCAACAUUUGUCUAAUUUUGGUUCUGUACAUUACCACAAUGAAUUUUUAACAAAACAAUUCAGAUGCAGUUGAAGUUCAGACUUUCAGCUUUAAUUCAGUGGGUUGAACAAAAUGAUUGCAUAAAAAUGUGAGGAACUAAAGCAUUUUUUAAACACAAUCCCUUCAUUUCAGGGGCUCAAAAGUAAUUGGACAAGUUAAAUAAUUGUAAAUAAAAUGUUCAUUUCUAAUACUUGGUUGAAAACCCUUUGUUGGCAAUGACUGCCUGAAGUCUUGAACUCAUGGACAUCACCAGACGCUGUGUUUCCUCCUUUUUAAUGCUCUGCCAGGCCUUUACUUCAGCGGUUUUCAGUUGCUGUUUGUUUGUGGGCCUUUCCGUCUGAAGUUUAGUCUUUAACAAGUGAAAUGCAUGCUCAAUUAGGUUGAGAUCAGGUGACUGACUUGGCCAUUCAAGAAUAUUCCACUUCUUUGCUUUAAUAAACUCCUGGGUUGCUUUGGCUUUA